AGCCGAUAAUGACAUAAAUCAUUUAUGUCACAAAAAAUAUUGAAGCUACCUAACUUACAAAGCUGUCAAUGCAUUCGGAACGAUAUGACACAAGUAGAUAAAGCGCUGACAAGAAUUUUAUUUCAUAUGUGGGGGUACUUUUGAGUAUAUAAACGUGUGUGAUGACGUGUGUAAUUUUUGUUGUGUUUCUAAUCAUCACAGUACAUGCAUAACGUACAAUUGUUUGUAUUAUUCAUUACAUUACACUUAAUUAAUUCUUCAACAGUUUUUUCAAUAAAUCGUAUUAAUGAGCAAUAAACAAAGAAAUGUUUUGUAAUCUGCAAUAAGCUCAAUCAUUGCAAUUGUGAAAAAUAUUUGCUCAAUAAAAAAAGUGGAAACCUUGAUAUAUUACAAAAAAUGAAUAAUGCACUAUGAUCUCAAAUAGCAGAGAAGUUAAUUUAUUCGAGUAUUUUUCCAAUCAAUAUUAUACCAAUGGAUAAAUGAAGCAUAAAAUAGAUAAACCAAAUAUCUAUCUACCUCAUUAUUUAGCAGGAUUAUACAAUGGUUCAGCAAAGAAUUCUUGGAUUAAAUGCUGUCUGUGGAGGCCGGCGAUUUGUGUUGACACUUACAGCUGGAAUGAUUUUUGGAUUUUUCUCGGCAUGUCUUUUAAUUACGGCUACCAAAGAUGUAACGAAUGUGCUAAACUGGGUGCCCGGUAGAUCUAGUUUAUCCAGAGAUCCUCAUCAUUAUUCAGACCUCACUUCCGAGAUAGGACCGGAAACUGAUGUAAAAUUCCAUGGAAAUGAUGAAGAAUUCCACAAAGAUGAAGAUAAAAUUGCUCAAGAAAUGGCUAAAAAAGUUCGAGUUCUUUGUUGGAUUAUGACCAAUCCUAGUAAUCAUCAGACAAAGGCUCGACAUGUAAAAGCAACGUGGGGAAAACGUUGCAAUGUUUUAUUAUUCAUGAGUUCAGCAGAAGACACAAGUCUACCAACGGUAAUAUUACCUGUAAAAGAAGGACGCGAAAAUUUAUGGGCAAAAACCAAAGAGGCUUUUAAAUACGCUUAUGAAAAACAUAAAGAUGGCGUUGAUUGGUUUAUGAAAGCCGAUGAUGACACGUAUGUGAUAGUAGAAAAUUUAAGAUAUAUGUUAUCACCAUAUGACCCGUCAUCAGCGCUCUACUUUGGCUGUCGGUUUAAACCUUUCGUCAAACAAGGCUACAUGAGUGGUGGAGCAGGUUACGUACUUAGUAAAGAAAGUGUUCGUAAGUUUAUUGAAGAAGCUUUACCAGACAAGAACAAAUGUCGUCCAGAUAGUGGUGGUGCUGAAGACGUAGAAAUGGGGAAAUGUCUUGAAAAAGUUGGAGUCAAAGCAAUGGAUUCACGUGAUCCUCUUGGGAGAGGCAGGUUCUUUCCUUUUGUCCCGGAGCAUCAUCUCAUUCCAAACCAUGUUGACAAAAGUUUCUGGUAUUGGAAAUACAUUUAUUACGAAACAAAAGAUGGCCUAGAUUGUUGUUCAGAUAGUGCUGUUUCUUUUCAUUAUGUCUCACCAAACAUGAUGUAUGUCUUGGAAUAUUUAAUAUACCAUUUACGUCCAUAUGGUAUUACACAUAAAGUAGAAUAUGACAUGCCAUCAACAAUAAAAUCAUCUAAUGAUACGGAAUACUAGUCGCAUGAAUUGACGAAUGAAUGAAGAACGAUUUUUAUCGAUCAUGUAAAUUAUUUAAAGUUUUAAACAGAUAAACUUUAAUGCUAGUCAGCUGUGAAUAAAUAUAAUUACUAUUAAACGUAGCCAUAACGAUAUCAAUGAUGAUUUUGAAAUUUUUUCAAAAAUAUUUGUCUUUCAAUAUUAAUUUUAACGAGUAUAUUACGAAAAGAACGUGUUUUUGUGGUGAAAAAAAAACAUUGAUAUAAACAUAAAUAAAGAAUUUUUAAAAUUUUAAAUUAUAAAAUAAAAAAACAAGACGAGCAUUUCAUUAAAAAAAUAUCUCGAUACGAAUCCGUAUACAAAUUUUGCACGUAUUCCCAAUAGAAUAAUUAAAAAGAACAACACUUUUACAAUGCAGAAUAAUAUAUAUAAUAUGUAUAUAUAUACACGAAACUGUUUUUAAUUAAUAAUAUUCAUAAUAAUAGUUAUAUAAUAAUCCCAAUAAUAAUAUACUACCCAAGUAAUAAAUACUAUAGAUACAAAGUGAGUGAGGGCGUUUUGGUGAAUAAAUAAACCAACUGUUAGGAAUCAGGGUAUUUCUAUGUACAAGUAAUAUUUGUACUAUGCAACUGACGCAGUUUUACCAUCGUAGCCCUCGCGCUAAACAUGCUCCAGUUUUAAUCUCUCAAUAAUAAUUUCAUGCAUCCUCUAAAUGUUUCAUCAUAUUUUUUUAUGGAAUCAAAAGUGCGGAGGAAAAAGUUUGUCUCUCUUUUUUCUAAUCUUUUUUCUAUUCAUCACCACAUUGUUUCACUUAUACAUAUAAUUG